CCUUUUCUGUGUGCUCUUGCUUCGGACAAGCCAGUGGCCUCCAGAACACCCCUCCUCAGCGCCGGCCUUGCCAGGUCCUUCAGGCUGCCUCCUCCUCCUCCAUUCUGUGCCAUGAGCCUCACACUUCCACCAAUAGGAUCCCAAGGCAAAGCCCAGGCCGCAGAGUCAUUGGCUGAGAAUUCUGAGCUCACAAUCACUCCCUCCUUGGUAAUGAACUGCUGAGGGCAGGGGGCUAGAAAUUCCAGAGGACACCAAGGAGGGGUUUCUUCCCCAGAAGAAGAUUUCUGCCAAGGAAGCGAUGUGGUAGGAAGAGAAGGGAGGUCUUGUGGUAGGUCAGGAAAGCAAGUCCCCCCCCACCCCCUCACCUCCGUCCUUCACAAGGUGUGUGGAAGUUCCUCAGGCGGCCCCGGCUGUGGUGUGGCAGUGGAUGACUUGAUGUUGUUCCGGAGGCCGGUGAGAAAGCAUGGUGAAUUAUUAUAAAGUUCUAGGAGUGCCUCGGAAUGCCUCGCCAGCGGACAUUAAGAAGGCUUACCACCAGCUGGCCUUGCAGGUUCAUCCUGACAAGAACCCAGAGAAUAGGGAAGCGGCAGAGAAGAAAUUCAAGCAAGUGGCUGAGGCCUACGAGGUCUUGUCCGACGCCAGGAAACGAGACGACUAUGACACUUCCAGAGGGAGCUAUAUCAGGAGAGAAGAGAAGGGCGACAACAGCCGAGAGACGAGCCAGCUGGAAGAUCUGACGUUCCACAUGCCCCGCAGCGCCUUCCAGGACAUUUUUGACGACGAUGACCUCUUUUCGAGGGAUUUUUUGUCGACGGGCCACAUGAGCUGCCCCGGGAGCCGGCGUAGGCCCCGACCCAGGGGGAGGUAUCACACUUCUCUUUUUGAUGUGGCCCCCGUCCUGGGCACAGGGUUCUCCACCUUUGUCUCCCUGGGUUCAGGAAGAAGCACGGGCUCGACUUGGUCCUUCGUGCCAUUUGUGAGCAGCAGCAUGGGAAAUUUCAGACUCGUCACCACCUGCAGUCAGAUAGUAAAUGGCAGAAGAAUCGUUACAAAGAAAAUAUUUGAGAAUGGGAGAGAGAGGAUCGAAGUGGAAGAAGAGAGGAUGAUCCAGUAGGUUCUUCGGCCACAACUGGAAAUUGAUGGAAAAUCCCUGCUGCUGAUGACAAGGAAUGAUGUGUUGACAGGACUUUCAUUAAAAUUGGGUCCUGCUCUGAAAAUCUACGAAUAUCAUGUAAAACCUCUGCAGACACGGCAUUUAAAGAACAACUCCUCGUAGUACAGUCAAAUUGGGGCCUUGGACCUCAAAUAAUAAAUGAUUAAGUAAUUUA